AUGGAAUAUAAAUUACUAUUUUUUUUAAUAUUUGUGUUUGUUAACAUCUAUUAUAUCUAUAAUGAUGAUCACUCAGUUGCUAAAUCAAUUAUAAAUAUAUUCAAUAAUAACAAUGCAAACUCUAUUAUAAAUAAUAUAGACACCGUCAUUCGUGAUGGUGAUUUAGAUGAAUUUUCAAUAGAAGAAUUAAAAAAGAUAUCCAUUUUCAAAAACUAUCCAACAAAACUAAAAGAAAUCGAACAAAAUAAAAAACAAGAACUUGAACAAUUAAACCAUCUUAAAGAAAUAUACAGCACAUAUGGAACCUAUACUAAACUCUCAAUAAUAGUUUUCGGCAGCUUUUCAAUUUUUUUUUUUCUCAAAUACAAAAAAAUAGUGGAUCAGUCAUACAACAAAGCAAAUAAAGACAUUGAAGAAGAAAUUAAAAAAAUUCAAGAUAAUAAAAACUCGAUUAUUGUUGAUGAACCACUUUUACAACUAAAUGAACUCGAAUCAAACAAGACCUCCGAUGCAAAAGUAUUAUUCAUUCUACUACACUCAUUUAAAUCAGACAAUACUAUUCAAUAUAACCUCAAUGAAAAUGACAAUAACAAUGAUAAACUUUUAAUGUAUAAAACCAAGGCCCAAGAAAUUGAAAAUAAAAUAAAAGAAAAAAUUAAAAUGGAAAAAAUAAUGAAAAAUUCCUUAUCAAAUACAAGUAAGCUUUUAAUAGCAGGGCCAACAGAAAAUAAUAGUGACAACAAUGAUAACCCAGGAACGAAUCCAAGUGAAGAACCUCAAUCAUCCCCAGAAACAUUACCCAGUAAUAUUAAUAAUAAUAUUAAUGAUGUCGAUAACGACGGGCCAGAUAAUACCGAGGGAAGUGACCUUGAAAAGGAAAUCGGCACCAAUAGUUCAAAAAGCAAUGAUAAACCAAAAAAUAUAAAGAAAAACCAAGGUGCAAAUAUUAGAUUUAAACAAGACUCAUUUAAACAAGAUAAACAAGUGAAAAAAGUUUUUUUAGAGUACCAUAAGGAAAUUGCUGUAUAUGAAUAUAAAAGAUUUAAAGAACUAUGGGACGAAGCAAACAAGGAGGCAAAAGAAAUCAAAAGAAAGGCUGAAGAAAAACUAAAGGAAAAUAAAGAAAAGAAAAAAGCUGAAGAAAAAAAGGAAAAGGAGAGACAGGAAGAAAAAGAUGAAAUCAGUGCCACCAAAUAUUAUUCACUUUUAAUUAAAUUUAUAUUAAUAUUAAACAUAUUGCCAGAACUCUUAAAGCUAAUCAAGCACCACUUUUACUCACUACUCCCAACCAUAACCUGCUUAAACUUAAAUGAAUACUUCAAAGUAACAACCAACGACACAAAUAGACUAUUAGCACCUCUAGAUGUAAAAUAUUAUUUCAAAAUAGCUAUAAAUCAAAUAUUUGGUAGCAUCUCAGCCAACUCCAAAGGCAUAUUUACCAGCAAUCUAUUGGACUGUAUUCCAACAUCAGCCCAGUUCAACUGGAGUUUAUGGCUCGUUACCAUUAUCUACAUCGUGCUCAUCAUUGUAUCGUUACAAUUCCAACCCAAUUUCUAUAUAUCAUCGACUAUAUUCCUUUCAAUAGUGAUAUCCACCUAUCAAAUCAACUAUAGAAGCAGUGAUAUAAACUAUUACCUAUUUCAAUUUAUAGUCAAUUUAUCAAUAGUAUAUUUCAUAAAAAAGUAUCACCAGCAAACCAAACAAUUUAAAUAUAUCUUUGUUUUCAGAGUUUUUAUAAUAUUAUUCAUAAUCCUAUUCAAUACUACAUACUCCAAAUAUUUUUUAGAAAAUAAAAACCUUAUUAUAGUUAGAUAA